AUGGUUGGGAAGUUGAUCUAUCUCACAAUUACAAGACCGGAUAUUUGUUUUGCUGUGAAUCAAGUUAGUCAGCAUAUGCAAGCACCUAAGGUUUAUCAUUGGAACAUGGUGGAAAAGAUCAUGAGGUACCAAAGCGAGGCUCCUGGUCAAGAUUGGGUUGGUGAUAGAGUGGACAGGAGGUCUACUACAAGAUAUUGCACAUUCAUUCGAGGCAAUCUAGUUACUUGGAAGAGCAAGAAGCAGAAAGUGGUGUCUUGUUCAAGUAUUGAGGCAGAAUAUAGAGCAAUGAGAAAGCUGACUAGUGAACUCAUCUGGAUCAGGAACCUACUGAGAGACUUAGGCGUGGAGACAACAACACCAAUCACCAUGCAUUGUGAUAACCAGGCAGCCAUUCAUAUAGCUUCAAACUCAGUGUUUCUUUAG